AAACUACAAUAUUAUUUAGCAUAAAUAUACAUUUAGAUCUAUAUAAUUAUCAUAAUUCAGAAAUUUAAUUUAGUGACCCUUUGAGAUAAAAUUUAGAACUACAUCUCAGGAGCAUUUUUCAUGUUGACGAUAAUAAUAUCAUCUCAGUUCACUCCAGUUUGGGACCAUUAAAAAUAUGCUCGAGAAAACAAAAAUCUCCGUUGUAGAGAACAUUUCCUCCUUUUUAGAAAACACUGAUGUAAAUAGUGUUAAUUGUGUGAUCACAACAUGAACAUCUGGAAACUGUGCACGAGUUGGCGUAACAAAUGUAGACUCUUGUGUUAAGUCCAGCCUUCGGGUCAACUGUAGAACUUGAUAAGACUUCAUAGCAUCGGAACUAGAUGUAUAGUUAUGUUUUUUUUGGAACAAGAAAGAGUUGCAUAAAAUCUAUUCCAUACGAAAACUACGCAAGAACUAGCCGAUCCUAAUCGAGUUCAGGACAUUACACCACCACCAAACAUUUGAAUAACAAAGCUUCCACAAAUAUAGGCAUCAAUAAAGGAAAGGGGAGAUCAUCUGAUGAAAUGUAGAAGACACUAAGAGAAUAUGCCACACGCUGUCCAUACUGAUAAAAAAACAAACCCUGCUAUAAAUGAUAUAAAUAGAGUUAUCAUUGAGCCCAGUGAUGGCAUUAAAUGUCUGACUGUGUAAAAACAACGAGUUAAUGAAGAUGCUCCACAAAGUGUACAGGAGCUCACAUAGGAGAGACAUAUUGAGUAGAUAACAGCGUUCCUUCUCCUUGCUCUCAUUUCCAUCAAAGAGAGUAACUCUUCAGCCACGAAGUCCAAAUGUUGAGUUGGAUAUAGAUUCUGUAGAAAAUAUGGAAGGGGAUUUCAAACAACAUUCUGAUCCAGUUUUUCAAGGAGCAUCUAAUGCAGAUGUUUCUUUGGAAACUUCUUGCCAGCCACAACCACAGCUUGAUGUAAAAGGAACAUUGUCCAGUGAUGGGGAAAUAAUUGACCUCAAACUUGAAGAUGCCAUAGGGAAAAAUGAUGAAGGUGCGGAUGGAAUCAACAGAAGGUCAAAAGGCCAUAGCGAAAAUCUUGAAGCAGUGUUAGAUGAUGCGCUCCUGCCUGAAACAUUUUGGGCAACCAAAGAUGCCACUGCUAUGUCUAACACAGCAUUAAUGGGAAAGAAGGUCUGUUUUGAAGACUUUUCCCAAACAGAAACACCCAAAAGAGGUCAUAGAGAAAAGAAAAAUGAUUACAUGUCAACAAUUUUGAAUGAAGAAAAUGCUCAAGAGGGUUCUGUUUUACAUCAAAGUUCAGCUCAGACAUUGCAGGACUUUCACUAUCAAACUAGUCCAUUUCGAAAUAAUGGGAGAAAACAAGUAACUACAAAGUCUAACGACCACCAGGUUGAGCUGAUGUAUGAAAGCAAUGGUAAUGAAAGGGAGUGCAAGAAAGGAGAGGUUCCUGGUGAAUCCAGAGUAAUAAAAGAGGGGUCAGAAGUUGAAGGUGCACUUGAAAAGAAUGACCUUUUUGAGGAAUGGGAAAUUAAAGCGCCUGGAAGUAGGAUACCCUUUGUCAUGCCCCCAAUGUAUGGGUUUUGUCAAGGAGGUAACUGCACGCAGAGAGUAAAUUGCUUAUCUCAACAUCCUGAUGUCAAUGAUGAAGCAAACUAUCAGAUGAUUGAGAUACCCGAAUUUAAGCCGUCUAGAAUUCGAUCCAGAAUAGAAAUACCAGGCCAACGGCCUGAGCAUGGGCGUGGGUAUUACCAAACGAUCUGGCCCACUAAUAGUCCGCCAUGUGAUGCGCAUCUAUUGGACAAAUCUCUCGAGUUGCCACCAGUUCUACUCUCUCAUCGAUAUACUCCUCAAAUUGACAAACACACACCUGCAGUUGAAGAGCAGUUGGAUCAAGAGAGCCCGGAGUUCAGGAAGAAGCCAAAGAGCACAAUUCCAGACACCAAACGUCAAGAGCGAAAGACCCAUACCAAGAUAGUUUAUCAACUUCCAGGGAGUGAAGAAGAAUAUAGCAAUAUAAAAUUCUGCCGUCAUAAAAUGACCAAAGAUGGAAUCCAAGUACAGCCUAUGAAGAAAGAGACUACGAUCCAGGACUCCGUGGAUGGCUUACUCUCAGCAGUUGAAGGGCAACUGCCGCUUGUGUACCAUGAGAGCCUGGAGUUCAGACAACAGCCAAAGCGGAGUGGGGUUGCCAAUGAAUUCUUUGGAGAUCCACAGGCUGCAGCUCGAUUGUUCAUUGGUCCUGCUACCAGCAAUCCCAGACUAUCAAAUUUUACGAAUCUCUAUGAGUCCGACUCAGUAUACGAAAUUGAAAGCGGGUUUCUAACACACGAGUGCCAUGGAGAGAGUCUGGAUGACCCUGAAUUGGAUGACAUAAUCAGCCAAUACAAUGAAAACGAGUUCUUGCUAACUAUGAAGUGGGCAAAGCCUGCAGAUUCGGAUCUAUUCCCUUUCCCGUUUCAUGGAAUUAACAAUGAUUUUGGUAAAGAGACAGACGAAAUGAACCUGGGGCUUUUGGAAGGAGGCCUUGAACAUACUUCCACGAUGAGUACAGACAAUAGUACAGUAGCCAAUAUGUCCCCACCCGCAGCCACGGACUCCCGCUCAAAGAAACACAAAAAUAAAGGAUCUAAACGCUCUACCUCUAGAGCUCACAAAAGAGAACAUAUAAAAAUCGAGUGUGAAACUGCUUUUGUUUUCAACGCCUAUUCUGGAGGCAGUGUAUUCAGCCUGGAAGAGCUGGAACAUCUGAUGAAGCUUGCUAAACAGCACGGGAACGAGGGGACACAACCUGGAGGUCGGAAGACUUGAACAAACUGGGAAUCUUUCGUUGCGAGUUGUGGCCCUGUAAUGUCACUAUUGGAGCAUCUAUCCAAAACAGUAUGAAUAAAUCAGCAACAUCUCAAUAUUUAGGUUCAUUGUUAACUUUGCUACUGUAAUGUCAGCUAAUGUUUAGUUGUAUCAAAGAUAUAACUCACGCCUUUAUAGCCCCACCGUAUAUGUGUAAGGAACUUGUUUGUUUCUGUUCUCAUUAAUUACGAAGGUUUUUUUUAAACCAUGCCUAUAAUUGAUUUAAUGCAGCAGAAGUCACAAAAAUUGGAUCUGAACAAAAGUGUAAUUAGUUGGAGCUCUCUAUCACUCGAUGGCUGUCAAGUCUGCUGAAAUACGUAGGAUGCUCGUUGUAAGACUAGUGAUCAGAUAUACAGCAGCAGGGUCAUAAGCAUUUGAUUUCAAUACUUGACCAUUAGGUAGGAACUGACCAUCAGUUUACCCGAUGGCCUAUACCUUUAUGUUGAGCCAACAAGUCUUCACUUGAUCAUCAGUAGAGUUGUCGUUCUCAGUAUUUUCAUGGCUAGAUUUCUUGUCUAUUUAUAGACACUGAGAACUAAAAUAAUUGUGAAUCUCGACCAGAAACCAUUUUCUUUUUCUAAUUUUAGUAACUCCUACGAGAGAAAAGAAACAGUGACCUAUAACCUAAUCUUAAACAUUGUCUCGUCAACUUGGAUUUUUUAAAUCUGUCAUUAUGGAACAUAGUGAUCAUAUGAAUAUAUAGGCAAUUACUAAUCAGACUUAAGAUUGUGUGUGUGUGUGUGUCCAUAAUAUUUGCAUGUUUUAAAAGUACGUACAAAAAAAAAAAAAAGAAAUGGCGGGAAACUUUGAAUAUUUUACUCUGUAAUGUUUAUGUGCAAUUUUUAAUAGGAAAUUAUAAUGAAUUAACAAUUAUGAAGUAGUAAAUUAUUACAAAAUAUUGUCAAAAACUAAUCUAAUGGUUAUAAAAAUAAACAUAAAUUGUAUAAAAUAUGAAAUGAGGAUACAUUAUAUAAAAUUAUUUUCCUUUGGUGAAAAGUUUCAUGUUUUGCAUGAUUGAUUGAGAUGAUGUUUGGAAUGUUGCCAUGUGUUAGGAUUGGAUGCUGUUUAAUGUUUGAUCUACUUGUCACGUAGUAUUGUGUAAAUAUUUAAAACAGAACUUUUUUAACGUAAAUGUCUGAAGCUCCAAAAUAAACCUUAAGUGCUUGC